AGCAGGGACACACUAUGGGGGGGAACUUUGUUACUAUGAAACUUAGAAAUAUUCGCAAAAUAUUGUUAUAAUUAUCAAUAUCCCUCGUGAAUCAAUAACCUGCCCCUAGGGUUUGAGGUUUUUAGUUUAGUUAGCCCGGAAAGGGCUUCUUCACUCACUAUUCUUACACUUUUUUUGAAAGAAUGUGUGAGACAGACAGUUAGCCAGCCAGCUAGCUAGCUAGCUGAGAGGUGAUACAGGCGGCAGGAGAACAAAAGAUUUUUUUUGCGUUUUGGCCGGUUGAACUGACACCAAGUCCAUGCAGAACGUGUCAUUACCAUCACAAUGCCCGUUUUACUUUUUCUGAUAGACACGUCCGCUUCAAUGAACCAGCGCACCCAUCUGGGCACUACCUUUCUGGACAUAGCAAAAGGCGCUGUUGAGACUUUUAUGAAGCUCAGAGGGAGAGACCCGGCCAGCCGAGGGGACCGGUACAUGUUGGUAAAUUUUGAAGACGUCCCCUUCGGGAUAAAGGCUGGAUGGAAAGAGAGCCACGCCACAUUCAUGACAGAGUUGAGGAACCUGCAAGCAGCCGGACUCACAGCUAUUGGCCAUUCCUUGAGGACCGCUUUUGAUUUACUCAAUCUCAAUAGAUUAGUGACUGGGAUAGACAACUAUGGACAGGGAAGGAAUCCCUUUUUCCUCGAACCCGCCAUCAUAAUCGCCAUCACCGACGGUAACAAGUUGACCAGCGGCGGGGGAGUCCAAGACGAGCUCCAUCUGCCUCUGACCACGCCGCUGCCGGGGAGCGAGCUGACCAAGGAGCCCUUCCGCUGGGACCAGCGUCUGUUCGCUCUGGUGCUGCGCAUCCCGGGCAACGCUUCAGUGGAGCCCGAACCCCUCGGUGGUGUCCCGCCGGACGAUUCUCCAAUCACCCCCAUGUGUGAGGUCACUGGAGGUCGUUCCUACAGCGUGUUCUCGCAGCGUAUGUUGAAUCAGUGUCUGGAGUCUCUGGUGCAGAAGAUCCAGAGUGGAGUGGUGAUAAACUUUGAGAAGACCGGGCCUGACCCGCCUCCGUUAGAGGAUGCUCCAGCUGAGGCGGUGAAGUCCGGCCUGCAGUCUUGGCACUGUUGUCACAAGCUGAUCUACGUACGACCCAACCCUAAAACCGGUGUCCCCAUCGGUCACUGGCCCAUCCCUGAGGCCUUCUGGCCGGACCAGAACUCUCCCACGCUGCCCCCCCGCUCGGCCCACCCCCACAUUCGUUUCUCCUGUCUGGACUCGGAGCCCAUGGUGAUCGACAAGGUGCCCUUUGACAAGUACGAGCUGGAGCCUUCGCCUCUCACGCAGUACAUUUUGGAGAGGAAGUCCCCGCACACCUGCUGGCAGGUGUUUGUGUGUAACAGUGCCAAGUACAGUGACCUGGGCCAACCCUGCGGCUACCUAAAGGCCAGCACCGCUCUGAACUGUGUCAACCUGUUUGUGAUGCCCUAUAAUUACCCCGUGCUUCUGCCACUUCUGGAUGACUUGAUCAAAGUGCACAAGUUCAAGCCGACCAUCAAAUGGCGGCAGUCCUUUGAGAACUACCUGAAGACCAUGCCUCCAUAUUAUAUCGGGUCUUUGAGAAAGGCUCUGAGAAUCAUGGGAGCACCGAACCUGCUGGCCGACAACAUGGAGUACGGCCUGAGCUACAGCGUCGUCUCCUACCUGAAGAAGCUCAGCCAACAGUCAAAAACCGAGUACGACCGGCUGAUUGCAUUGAUUGGUAAGAAGCAGCAACCCGAGGCCGGCAUCAAGGUGCGUUGGCGAGGCGGAGGGAUAUCUCUGGCCCAGCGCAGGGACUUCAUCCAGCAGCUGCAGAGUCUCUCUGGAGAGGCUCCACCUCUGCCCCUGGAGCUCAACCCCAAAGAGUUCCAGGGCUUUCAGCUGGCACUGCUCAACAAGGGCCUGAAGCCGCAGAGCUUUAGGAACCCUUACGACAUCCCCCGCAGCCACCUGCUGGACCAGCUCAGCCGGAUGAGGAGGAACCUGCUGAACACCACCGUCUGUACGCUCAGAGGGCACGACUCCGACCAGCUCCACAGCGUGCCGAUCGCUCAGAUGGGAAACUACCAAGACUUCCUCAAAGCUGCUCCUCAGCCUCUUCGAGACGCAGACCCCGAGCAGCCCAAACGUCAGCACACAUUCGGCAACCCCUUCAAACUGGACAAGAAGGGCAUGAUGAUCGACGAGGCGGAUGAGUUUGUGACCGGCCCUCAGAACAAAGGGAAGAGACCAGGAGACAGCAGCAACAUGACGGGCGGAGGGCCGAAGAGACGGCGCUGCAUGUCACCUCUGCUGCGUCUGGGCAGAGCCUACACCCCCCCAGUGACCCCGCCCGCCAGCCCUCGACCAACAGACGUGGACAUGAUUGACGGAGCAUCUGAACCGGAGAUGAUCAUCAACCACUUGGAUCAGAACCACUACGGCUCAGACGAGGACUCGGAGGCGGAUCUUCCCUCGCCCGUCGACAACCAGGAGAACCACACGGCCGUGGACCCCGAGGACCCCCGGGACAGGGACGAUGGCGAGGACGGGGACAAUGGCGAGGGCAAGGAGGACGAGGAGGAGGAGGAGAACGGGCAACCCGGGGUGGACGAGCUGCCGCCGGGCAUCGAGGAAGGAGAUGAGAUGGUGCUGAUGGACGAUCAGCCGCCUCGCUACAUGUCGCCUACAGCUCUGAAGAAGCACAUUCACAUCGAGACGACGAAGGUCAACAACGAGCUGAGGACGCUCAUCAACAAGGAGAUCAGAAAACCUGGAAGACACUACGAGAAGAUCUUCCUCCUGCUGAAGCAGAUCCAGGGCACUCUGGACACCCGACUCAUCUUCCUCCAAAACAUCAUUAAAGAGGCGGCCAGGUUCAAGAAGCGCGUUCUCAUCGAGCAGCUGGAAAACUUCCUGGAAGAGAUCCACAACAGAUCCAAUAACAUGAACCACGUGGACACGCUCUGAGACUCAAACUGAACUCACCGAUGAACCCGACAAACCCUCCACAUCCCUCUGAACCCACCCGCCUCCCUGUACCACGGCCGCCACGGAGACGGCGUCCAGCUCUCUUCAGUGGACUCUGAGCAUUAUUGAUGCUCGCGUUGGUUUGCACAGUUUAACCUAAAGUCAGUGUUGACCCUGGAUGAUGCAAGUGCAUUCGUCAGAUAUCUAAAAGGAGGAAGCGUGUCAUUGCUGCAGGUGAAGUGUUUGUCUUCUCACGUUUUUAGCCUGUAAAACAUUUGAGCGCGGCUGUUCUCCGUCCUGAGUCACCCCCUCCGUUAUCCUCUAAAAGUGGAGUAAGCGAGGGCGUGCAGGACGUUUCUGGAGAGGAACAGAUGGCGCCUGGAUGUUCAGUCGUGUUUUAUCUGUGAUGAUGUGACGGACCGACGGCGUAGGAAGGGUUCAGGUCGUGUGUGACGGUGACUCGGGGUCAAACGGGAUCCAGCGGAGAUGAAACAUUCAUUAGUUUCCCCCUCGUUGUUAAGACUUUGUGUUUGUGGGAGAACGAGUCGUCUGUGGAUAUGAACUUAUACACUCCGCUAACGGAAGCACUCCAACGCUGCGCGCUCUUAAGCGUAUCACUCAACUCGAGUACUGAAUUUGUGGUUCACUUAACAGACUGACGAUUAAUAUUAUUGAGCAGUAACUUAAUGAAUAAUUUUGAUAAGACUGAUGCACAGUUUUCAGUAUGUCUGGAAACGGUAAACUUAAAAACGUCCGUGUCUUUUGCAACGCAGGUUUUCUGAGAGAUUAACACAAAGUUAAAAUCCUUUUUCAACGAUGCAACAUUACAAAUGUUGACACACAGGGACAAAAAGCUCAGGAACUAACACUAACGCAUCAUAAUCAGCAAUAACAUUAGAGCUACCUUCACCCCCCCCCCCCUCCAUUUGUAUCUUACUUUUAAACCUGAAACGGCUGAUGUGCAACACGCACUGUCCCCCGAGCGUCGAUGAACCGAGGUCUCGGACGCCAGCUUGUCCCAACGUGCUGGUCGCUGCCAAAUAACUCCACCCGCCUCCUAAACGCCUCCCGCCAUGAGUCUCAAACCAACGUCUUGUCUCUUCACCGUGGAUGCACUUGUGUACAUUUGAGAAUGUUUAUUUAAUGUAAUUUAAAAAGAAAAACAACUUUUUUUUCUCAAAUCUACACAAAUAAUCUGAAUUCAGGUCGAGAGGUCGUUGAUCUGUGAUUCAGAGGGGCAGCCCUCUUCUGUUCCCUCCCUCCUUCGGACCCGGGACCAAAAUCUGCCAUACUUGUCUUUGUUUGUGAAGAGGCCGCUACCAAAAGAGUAUUUUGAAUACACUGUAAAGAUGUAAAUAACCCUAGAGAACUAUUUAAAGAGAAUGUUCAGUGGAAAAUGGCCUUUUUGUAAGUAUUUCCAUGAAUAAAGUUUCUAUUUUACACUGUGAAGGGCCAUGUAAAUAAAGUGUUCUGUAAAGAUGC